AUGCAAGCCGACAGUGACCUGGACCGAGCCAUAAACUACUUCCAGAACAAUCCGGACAAACUGGAGUUCUACAUUACAAGCAGCAACUACAUCUCGAAUGAGACCUUCCAACGAUGGGCGGUCGAACGAAAUCAACAGUUAAAAUACAAAACUGAACGAAGACAUCUGGUCACUUCGUAUGUGGUGGGUUUUUUGAUAAAAAAAUUUUUUACAGAUGUUAAAAUGACAAGAACUUUCUUUACAAAGCAAAAAAUGCAAGAACUUUAUUUACAAAAAGUAAAAUGCAAGAACUUUCUUUACCAAAUGAAAAAUGGCAAGAACUUUCAUUACAAAACAUAAAAUGGCAAGAAUUUUAUUUACAGAAAUAAAAAAUGUUAAUCAUCGUAUAACUUGUCACCUGCAGGCUGCAUAAUCUUAAUGUUACUGGUUUGUAAACAGAAAAGGAAGAAAAUUUCUUUAAAAAGUUCUAGCUAGUAAGAGUAUGCUUUACACUGCGAAGAAAAUCUAUUCAUCAUAUAACUUGUCACCUGCAGGCUGCGCAAAACAAAUUUUUGUGAUUUGUAAGGAAAAUGGAAGAAACUUUCUUUACAAAGCAAAAAUCAGCAAAACCCUUCUUUAGAAAUCGCAUAAAGGCAAAAACUUUCUUUACAAUUCAUCUAAUUUUAUUAAUUUUUAGACCCCCGCAGGUCGCGCCCAAGCCUUACACUCGUUGGGAGCCUGGGCCAACAAUCCGAAGCGGCUAGUCUACGAAUUAGGCAGUACAUGUGCCCAAAUUUGUCGCUGUUCCAAGUUCGACGUCCUCAUCCCAAUCGUGAAGUCGGUCAAAAAAAGACGGUCUACAGUAUCGGAGAGUACGGUAACCAGUGAGAACGACGAGAACGGCGAAGUUGGCUCAAUGUGGAGAAAACUGGAGUUAGUGAAUGGACAAGUGGUUGAGAAGCCAUUAAAAGCGAACAGACGAGGCGCGAGAUGCGUUCAGAAGUUGAUCGAUUGCAACGAGAGGUGUUUAGGUAGGAAAAUGAUUUUUUUUUAUUUUGUAAAGGAAGUUUUUGCUUUUUUUGUUUUAAAAUGAAAAACCUUGUUCUUUUAUGUUUUGUAAAGAAAGUUUCUUCUACUAUUUAUAAAAAACAAGCAAACUUUAUGUUGUGUAGCCUGCAUGUGACAAGUUAUACGAUGGAUAAAAUUUUUAUACUCUGUUUAUAAAAUUGUUUCCGUUUUAUCCUCUGUAAAGAAAGUUUUAAUUAUUUUAUGUUUUGUAAAGGAAGUUUCUUCUAGUAUUCAUAAAAAACAAGCAAAGUUAGCCUUGUGCAGCCUGCUGGCGACAAGUUAUACGAUAAAAAACAUUCUUACUCUUUGUUUAUGAACUUGUUGCCGUUUUAGCAUUUUUAAAGAAAGUUUUAAGCAUUUUAAGUUAUGUAAAGAAAGUUUCUUCUAUUAUUUAUAAAAAACAAGCAAAGUUUGUGUUGUGCAAUCUGCAUGUGACAAGUUAUACGAUGAAUAAAAUUUUUAAUUUUUUUUGUAAGGAAAGUUUUGUCUAUUUUUAAUGGAUUUCAAACACUUUGAACUAAUUCUUUUAUGGUUUUAGCUGAACUUCAUUUGUACUCGGACAUCAACGACCGUGACGCUCAGUACAUGAACAUCCUAAGCAACUGGGGCAGCUCUAUGAUUUAUUAUGCUGCGGUGGGUUUUAUUGUCAUUGAUAGGAUGACUAGGGUAUGGUAGGCCAAGAAAAUUUUCAUUUUGAAGUUUAUAUUUUGAAAUUUCAGCAAGCCAACAAAGUCGAAGCCUACAACAAGCGACCGGCCAAGGUACAACAAUAUAAAACCUUGGUCGAUUUCCUGUUGGACGUGGUAAAGUCGAUCUUUCAAGACAUGAAUACCAUGGAUUCUGUCAUUUUAAAGAUUAUGCACUUUGCCCAACGACUGGUCGAAGCCGACCGUGCUUCGCUGUUCCUGGUCGAUUCGAAGAAACGUGAACUUUACGCCCAAAUGUUUGACAUUGGAGUAGAUAAGCCGGAGCAAUCGGAUGAUCAAAGUCAGAGGGUGGAGAUCAAGUAAGUUGGGGUGGUAUAUGUAAUGAAACUUUUUGGUUACUUUAACUUUUAGGCUUACAAGGGAAGUACCCGACCUGCCCCGCUCUGAUUGACUUCAAACUUUUUCUAUAGAAAGAUCGUGUAAAUAUAAGAUGUUCAACACAGUACUAAAUCGCGCUUUCCAGGAAAUCGCGAGAAAAUCAAGAUCAAAAAAUUGUGUUUUGAAUUUACCGCCAAAUUGGCAUUGUGUUUCAAGCUUAAAACUUUGCCAUUUUUUUACUUUCAACGAUUUUUCUUUCAUAUACUAGUAGGAGACCUUUAAAUGAACCUAUAUUUUUAAAUUUGUAAGUCUAGCGUGUCAGGAAAGUCGAACAAAGUUUUUGGAACACAAUGCCAAAUUGGCGGGAAAUUUAAAUACUUAAAGUUUUUAAAAUUAAAAGUGCGAGCUAAAAUUUUAUAUGGGUACUAUUGAUGGUACAAAGAACCGAAAAAAUGUGCUUGAAACACAAUGCCAAACUUUGCCAAAUCGGCGGGAAACUCAAAUAUUUAAAUUUUUUAAUUUAAAAGCGCGAACUAAAAUUUUUUAUGGGUACUAUUGAUGGUACAAAGAGUUUGUAUAAAAAUUUUGAGCUCAUUCUGAGCGAGGCAGGUCGGGAAAUUUCUUUGUUAGAACAGGUUUUUUAAAAUUUUUUGAUUUUUAAGUGCCAUUUCUAAAUCAACCAAUUUACAGGUUCCCAAUUGACAAAGGAAUCGCUGGUUAUGUGGCCAUGAAAGGUCAGGGUCUGAACAUUAUGGAUGCCUACAGAGACCACAGAUUCAACCCAGAGGUCGACCAACGCACUGGCUAUAAGACCAACACUAUAUUGUGCAUGCCCAUCUUCAUGCGUGGACAGUAAGUGCUUUUUUCAAAUUAAUGUAAAGAGAAAUGACUUUUUCAAUAUUUUUUAUUGAAAGUGAGAUUAAGGUAGGUUACAGUAGGGUAGUUUUUUCUCAAUUUUUAUAGUUAUGUUAUAAUAUUGUCAUCAUGACGUAUUUUUUGGAGAGAUGACUUUUUUUUGGAUUUUUAAAAAAUUUUUGAAUUUAAGGUUUAGAGAUGUUGAAAAAGAGCUUAAAAUAACUUUUACGGUCGUUUUAAAGUACUGUCAUCCUGACACAUUUUUUUGGGAGUAUGACACCUUCUUUUGACUUUUAAAGAUUUUUGAAGGUUUUAGAAGAUGGAUACUGAAACGCAGUUUGAAGAAAAUUUUAUUCGAUUUUCUCUUUUAUUUUUAAAUUCGUAGGUGUAAUUUUAACUGUCGUAUUUUACUUUUAAAAUUUGUCAUCAUGACCCAUUUUUUGGAAGAUAACGGAUCGUUAAAAAAUUUUUGUUUGCACGUAUUUUGAAUGUUGAAGUAAAUUAUAUUACGCAAAUCAUGCCAUUUUGAAUUUUACGAAACUUUUUAGUUUAAAAUACUGUCAGUAUGACACAUUUUUUGGAAAUUUAAAAAAUCGUUCAUUUGAAGUUCUCUGAUCGAUAAGGAUUGUACUAUACGUUUUUAAAACCAAGAAUGUAUUUUAAAGCAUUGUCAUGAUGACAGAUUUUUUAGACGAAGUAAAUAUAUAAUAAUAUUAUCAGGUUGAACCAGAAGUAGCGGGACUCAAUGAAGUUGAAAGGAAAAAUGUCCCGCUGUUUUUGUAGACAUGAGGAACGGCCCGGGCCGGCCCUGAGCAAAAUUUCGAUCGGGCCGGGCCUAACAUUCAGGCCCAGCCCGUUUCUCAUGUCUAUGUUUUUGGUUCAACCUAAUCAUUUGUGACAAUUUACAAAACUUUCGACUUUCAGUGUAAUUGGAGUAGUCCAAAUGGUGAACAAAGUGAAUGGCACCUUUACCAGCGAAGAUGAGGACAACUUCGAGACGUUCGCCGUCUUCUGUGGUCUAGCACUGCAUCAUGCCAAACUGUACGACAAAAUCCGCCGUUCCGAACAAAAGUAUCGAGUCGCGUUGGAGGUGUUGGCUUAUCACAGCGUUUGCAACACAGACGAAGUAAACAAGGUCAAGAACCUGCGGAUCCAAGAGCCAGUUCCCGAGCUCGACAGCUUCGCCUUCAAUGGCUACCAGCUGAAGGACAUUGAGAAGCCGUUGUACGCGGUCUACAUGUUUAAAACACUGUUUUCUGAUAUUAUGUAAGGCUAUUUUUUAAAAUUUUUUAAAAUUUUUUAGACUUUUUUAACUUUUUUUUUGAAAUUUCAAAAAAAUUUUUAAAAAAUUUUUUGUAAAUUAAAAUUUUAAAUUAAUUUUCAGUCAAAUCGACACAGACGACCUGAUUCGCUUCUUCCUCACCGUACGAAAGAACUAUCGUCCCGUGCCGUACCACAAUUGGACUCAUGGUUGGACUGUGGCUCAUGCCAUGUUCGUGUUCUUGAGAAAAACCAAGAUUUUCACUCCACAUGAGGUAACAAUUAUUAAAUGACAUGUUUUUUGGGAAUUUAGUCAUUGUCACUGUUUUUUGCUUUAUAAGUUGUCAUUAUGACAUAUUUUUUAGAAAGAUGACACAUUUUUUGGAAAUUAUUUUAAAAAAUGUCAUUUGAAGUGCUAUGACAGUAAAAAACGUAUUUUAUUAUUUGUUCACUGGCUUUUAAACAUUGUUAUCAUGACAUAUUUUUUGGAAAGAUGACACAUUUUUUGGAAAUAAUCCAAAAAUUGCCCUUUAAUCCUCUAAAAUCACUACUUUCAGAAACUAUCCCUCUUUGUCGCCGCAAUAUGCCACGAUUUGGAUCAUCGUGGCAAGAACAACGAGUACAUGAAGACCAUGUCGACUCCACUAGCAUCCAUAUACACCACUUCAGUCAUGGAACACCACCACUUCAAUCAAACCGUCGCCAUACUACAACAUGAUGGCCACAAUGUGCUACGUUCCCUGCAGCCAGCCGACUACAAGAAGGUGUUGGGACUGAUAAAACAACACAUUUUGGCCACGGAUCUGGCCCUUUUCUUCCCAAAUCGAGGCAAAUUGGAGAAAAUGGUGGAGAAGAAGGAGUUCUCGUGGGACAAUCCGGAUCAUAGGUCGGUUUUGGAGUGUCAUAAUCAUUGUCCUAAUGUAUCUUUAUUGUAUCUUUUAAUGUGUCAUCAUGACAGAUUAAAUAUACGAUGUUUUGGGGGCUAUAUCUAUUCAUUUCUUCCAUAUUACACUAGAGACAGGUGUUAAACUUGAAAUUUUAGGUAUACACGUGGCUGUAAUUUUAUAUUGCUGAUGUAGUCUAGACUAUUAGCUUUUAUUUGCACUAUAAAUCAUGAAGUUUGAUAAAGAAUUUUUUGAGAUAUGAAGAAUUUUGUUUAUCACUAUCUUAUACUAGGUCAUGGUUAACAAAAAAUGUCGUAUUUCAAAAAGUAAUGAUCGAAAAUUAGUGUUUUAUGGCUUAAAUGAAAGCUGAUAGUCUAAGCUACUUAUACCUUCAUAUCUGACAACUCAAAAAAGUUAAUAAUGUAGCAAAAUAAAGCUUUUUUUAUAUUACACUAGGAGCAGUUUGGGUGUUUUUCAAACUUCAAAUUUAAAAAAGUUUUUUUUUGCUGAAGUACAUAAAAAUGGUUUUAGAUUACUAGCCCAAGCCUUACUGAUGACAUCUUGUGACCUGGUAGCUACAGCCAAGCCAUGGAAAGUUCAAACGGAUACAGUCAGAGUUAUCUUUGAAGAGUUUUAUGAACAGGUAAGGGAAAGUCAUUUUAAAGCUAAAUUUUUCAAAAAUUGUGUUUAAAUGUACUUUUAAAAGCUAUACAAUAUUCCUGACCAUCAUAUAUUUAUAUAUUAUAACAACUAUCGAAAUUCAGGGCGAUGCAGAACGCCUGAACGGCCGUUCCCCUCAGGCAAUGAUGGACCGAAGCCGUGCAAUGGAGCUGCCACAAUCACAAGUCCAGUUCAUCAGCUCCAUAUGUGUACCAUGUUACAACACCAUCUCUAUGGUCAUUCCAGAAGCCCAUGAGUUGAAGGAACGAUCAGAGUAAGUUUUUCAUGAACAUUAGGUUAGACCUUGUUUUAGAUUCAAUUUGAAAAAGUGGGAGGAAGUGGCGGCUGAGUUCGCCGAAAACCCGGCUAAUGGCACGUCACAACAUGAUACAUGA